CUCCUUGUCGCUCUGGCGCUCCUGAUGGCAGGUAUCUGCCCAGAUGUUGGCUGCCAACAAGAUGGCACACCAGGAAGUAACACGGAAUUUCAGGAAGACCAAAUCAAUGGGACACAAGAGGACAGUCUAACACUGACCUCCACCAACACUGACUUUGCCUUCAGCCUCUACAAGGAACUGGCUUUGAAGAAUCCAGGUGAAAGCAUUGUCUUCUCCUCACUCAGCAUCUCAGCUGCCUUGGCCGUCCUGUCCCUGGGAGCAAGCAACAACACCCUUCAAGAGAUUCUAGAAGGUCUCAAGUUCAAUCUCACAGAGACCCCUGAGGCAGACAUCCACCAGGGAUUUGGACACCUCCUCCACAUGCUCAGCCAGCCAGGGGACCAGGUGCAGAUCAGCACAGGCAGCGCCAUGUUUUUUGAAAAGAGCCUGGAGAUCCUGGCGAAUUUCGAGGAGAAGACAAGGACACUGUACCAUGCUGAGGCCUCAGGUGUCGAUUUCCAGCAGCCUCAAGAGGCCAAAAAGCUUAUCAAUGACUAUGUGAACAAAGAGACCCAAGGGAAGAUCAAGGUCUUGAUCUCAGACCUGGAUAAGGAGACAUUAAUGGUUAUGGUGAACUACAUCUACUUUAAAGGAAAAUGGAAGACGCCCUUUGAACCUCAAGGUACUUAGUCCGUGAUCCACUUGAACGACACUAAUAGUGUGGAGGUGCCCAUGAUGAACAUUGAGGACCUGAGCACCCUCUACUUCCGGGAUGAGGAGCUAUCCUUCACUGUGGUGGAGCUGAAGUACACAGGCAAUGCCAGUGCCCUGUUCAUCCUCCCUGACGAGGGCAGGAUGCAGCAGGUGGAAGCCAGCCUGCAGCCAGAGACCCUGAGGAAGUGGAGGGUCUCUCUGAGUUCCAGGAUGAUCAAACUCUCCCUGCCCAAGUUCUCCAUCUCCACUGACUACAGCCUGCAGGACAUCCUUCCACAGUUGGGCAUCAGGGAAGUCUUCUCCACACAGGCUGACCUGUCUAGGAUCACAGGGACCAAGAACCUGAGAGUCUCUCAGGUGGUCCACAAGGCUGUGCUGGACGUGGCUGAGACAGGCACAGAAGCAGCGGCUGCCACGGGAGUAGUGAUAAAAAGGAAAUUGGCUCUAAUUAUGAAUCCUUUGAACGUGAAUUUCAACAGGCCAUUCAUGCUGAUGAUCUCUGACACCGAUACUCAGACUUCAUUCUUUUUGGCCAAAAUCACAAAUCCCAAGGGAAACUAGAACUUCCCAAGUGGUGAGGCUUCCUCCUGGGAGCCAGGGAUGAAGCCUGUAUGUGGGUCUCUAUGUGCAUUUUGGCCUCCAUGUUCUGACUGGCUGUGGGUGCCUGAGUGAAGAGUGACAGUGACUGACUGACUGUAUGACUCACACACGCACAGGGCCUGUGGACCGACAGUGUCAGGCUCCCCAUAAUCUUGGCAGCACUAGCUUAGGUUUCUGAGACUGAACUCCGAAUCUGUGGCCCCUCCCUGCUGCCUCCCCUGUAUGAGCCUCCACCCAAAGCCUGGGCCCUGGCAGGUAGGCUCAGUCCCUAUCUGUGCUAUGAUUAUAUCCAGCUUCAACUUUCACAGGCUCAUUGGACUAUUCAAGCUUUUAGGUCCAUUUUGUGGCCCUCAGGCCCAGGCCUGAGAAGAGAACCUGCUGCCCUCUCUGUGUUUCCAGCAUCUGGGACCAGUGUGAGCACAGUUGCUGCCUCAAACUUUUCCUCACCCAGGCUCUGCCACCCUGUGUCCCUUCAGGGGCUCCUGGGCCUGCCCACAUCCAGAACUCUGGCAGAAAACCUAUUCCUGCUUCUGCAUGGAGUCAAAUGUUCAGCUCAGCUCCUUUCCCCUAAUCUAUCUACUUGGGGCAGAGGAGCCUUUUCCUAGGUUCCCCACUAGCCAACAUCACACACUAGAUGGACACCACCCUUCCUUACCCAAAAUAAAGGGCUUUCACAAAAUGCAAUAGACGUAUAACUGCACAGAAAGUGGCCAGUUUGUGUUCACUCAGCUCUGACUGGCAGAGGUGUGGCUCUAGUGACAGCAGAGUAUUAGAAAUUGUCACUUACAGUCUCUGACUUCUGUG